AUGAGUUCAAUUUUAAAAGUUUACAUCGAUAGGCAACCAGAAAUUGAUAAAAAACGUCUUGGUUACAAAGUGGAAAAAACGGUAGCUACGUCUGAGAAUCUUAAGAAAAUCAUUCCUGACGAAGAGCAAGUGUCGGUGGAAAUCACUGGUAACAUUCCCAUUUUGUACGAAAAUUCAGUUCUGGAUAUACCAAAUCUGAACAGACUAGAAUUAUUCGGCGUGGGCUUGGAAGAAAUCAAACCUGGAGCUUUUGGUAAUUUACCACUUUUGGAAACUCUCCUUCUGAGUUGGAAUAAUUUGACACAAAUCAAAACUGAUACUUUUGUCAAUCUAAAUAUAUCCUAUGUGGAUUUGUCAUACAACUCAAUAAUCCUCCUCGAACCAGGAGCUUUCAAGAAUUUCAACGCCGAUCACUUGAAACUUAACAACAACAAACUCACCAAAUUUCCAAGUGCUGUCUUCGACAAUGUCACCCUUGAAAUUUUAAGUUUGUGUGGAAAUUUUCUCCACACUAUCGCACCAAAAGCUUUGUCAACACUUUCAUUGAAAAUAUUGUCUUUGUAUGAUAACAAAUUUGACGAAAUCGAUCCAGAAGUCUUUGACGUACAAGAGUUAAAGUCGCUCGAUUUGGAUUUCAACUCGAUCAAGCUUCUGCGACCCGGCGAUUUGAAAAACUUACCAGAGUUGAACGUAUUGAGGCUUGUCGACAAUAAGUUGGAACAAAUCCCAGACGGUGUUUUCAAUGCCACCAAACUCACUUACUUGGAUCUAUCUGCAAACAAGAUUGCUAAAAUUGGGAGUAAAGCUCUCGAUGACAUGUCAAAGCUUCAAAUAUUGCACAUUGACUUCAAUAAUCUGACCCUAUGGGAUAAUAAUUGGCUGAGUGGGGUAUCACCACCUGUUUCUAUUUCAGUCAGUUUUAAUCAGAUUACUGAGAUUCCAGACGAAGCGUUCAAGAAUUAUCCUCAUGUGGGCAGAAUUGAUCUUCAUAGAAAUUACAUUGGGAGGAUUUCAGCUAAAGCAUUUGAUAAGUUAGAACACGUUGAUUAUUUAGAUUUGACCUAUAACCAGAUUGAUAACUGGAAUCCAGAUUUGUUGGGUGAUGUUAGUGUUGGGACUUUGGAUCUCACUGGCAAUAAGUUAGAGUGUGUUGAAGGAGAUUUGAAGACAAUUUUCAGAAAUGUUGAAUAUACAAUUUUGCGAGAAAAUCCUUGGAGUGAAGAGUGUGUUAAGAAGGUUGAGGAGUUUAUACACAACCAACAAGACAGUACCGGAGGAUUCUAA